AUGUUCCCACUGCCGAUGUUCACACCGGACCAGGUCGCUCGGGUCUGCGAGAACUUGGAGGAGACCGGGGACAUCGAGCGCCUCGGCCGGUUCCUCUGGUCCCUGCCCGCCGCUGUCCCUGGCUCCGCCGGGGAAGCACUGAACCGACACGAGUCCGUGAUGCGGGCGAGAGCGCUGGUCGCCUUCCACGGGGGAAAUUUUGAGGCUCUUUACCAAAUCCUCCAGAGCCACCGGUUUACGCGCGAGUCGCACGCCAAACUCCAAGACCUGUGGCUGGACGCGCACUAUCGAGAGGCAGAGAGGCUCCGUGGGCGGCCGCUGGGCCCGGUGGAGAAGUACCGAAUCCGCAAGAAGUUCCCUCUGCCCCGCACCAUCUGGGACGGCGAGCAGAAGACGCACUGCUUUAAGGAAAGAACUCGCAGUUUGCUGAGAGAGUGGUACCUCCAAGAUCCCUACCCCAACCCGUCCAGGAAACGGCAUUUGGCCCAGGCCACUGGACUCACGCCCACACAGGUCGGCAACUGGUUCAAGAAUCGCCGCCAAAGAGACCGUGCCGCAUCCGCAAAGAACAGACUGCAGCAGGAUCCUUCCCUCCUGCCCCCUGAAAGCUCCCCUGAUGGGUCCCUUCAGGAGCGCCACCAUCACCCCCACUUGCUGCCUAACUCCCCUCGCCACCUAGGCAGCCCAGAGGCCAGCGACUGUAGCACAGAGACCGAGCGCAGAGGAACAGGAGCCUCCACUCCAGAGAUCUCCGUCAGCAGUGACAGCGAGUUCGAGUCUUGAGACGGUGGGCUCUUUUCAUGGACAGAGAUGAGAGCAGUGUCUGUCGUCAGACUCAGACAUAUGUUACAGACACUUGACCUUUCUGUGGCUGUGGACACACAGGAGCUGUUCUCAGCGGGAGGAGGGCGAGCACUAGGAGCCCACUUGACGUGGCUCUGAGUGGACAAUGUAAGGGGAAUGAUAUGCAACAAUAUUAUGCACUUAAAACAGCACCAUGGCACAUGACCUUGACUGUUAUAUGAAUUAGUUUACUGCUGACCAUGACUCAGGACGGUAGAUAGGUAAACAUCCAAUGAGUACUUCUACAUCGAACAAAUUUUUCAUGGUCUUUAGAUAAUGUGAAUAUUAAUGCUAUAAGUUUUGAUACUGGCUUCAGUGAAUAUUUUGGAUAGAUCAUUUUAUAGAAGUUUUUAUGUAAGCUACAUAAUACAUUUGUAUGGAAAUAACCCAGACACACUAAACAUUAAAUGCCUUGAGUAGGCUUCUACCGUAUGUGUAUAUGUUUACAUGCAUAUUAAUAAUUUGCUAACUUUACCUAAUCAUGUAAAGUGCACAGUCCAGUUUCAUACAGUGCAUUCAUAAGGCACAUGUGGGAAAACUGCUUUACUAUUACCUUAAUGUGGCUAUUCAGAGUAAUUAGGUGCUAAUGUGCAUGUAAACAUAGUGAAUGAAUUCAACACAGUUCACUGCCUUAAGGAGGAACAAAGGGCAUCACUCUUUACAAUGCAAUCAAACAUUAUAACACAAGUUUAGACAGUCUUAACUUUAUGUAAUUAACAAUGCACGUGUGCUGCUCAAAACAUUUUUGUUACCUGCUGUGUUUUACCUGUUCACAUCUGUUUUUAUAUGUAGGGUUUUCUUUACAUGCUCCUGAGGUGCUCUGAUGAUGAAUUCCUGUAGGAGCUGAAACAGAAAAGAUGAAAAAGAGAAAGUGAAAUACUAAAUAGGUCUUAACUCAAUGUGCCUACUACAUUUGAGAACAGUGAGACCUGGUCAGAUAUGAUUGUGUCCUCAUGUCAGAAAAACACACUCAAAGGCUUACUGUUUGCUGUCUUUCUUACAAUCAUCAUUUCAAUAACACAUUACUGCAUUUCAAUGAAAACAUGUAUUUUGUAAAUGUUUUAUGUAAA